AUGCAAUUUGAAGAUGAGUACUUUUAUUCUGUUGUUGCAUCGAUGUUGCAGUUUGUAGUGCGUUGUAACAAUGAGUGGUGCUUCAACCCUGCUGAUGCCCCAGUACCAGGCGAUGUACUCCUACACCCAGGAGAACAAAGAGGGGCCACUAGAAGGACUAGAAUUACAGACUCAAAGCUUGAUGCAAAGGCUGGUCGUGAACUGAAGCCUCUGUCUAUUGCAACUGGAGGCCAUUUAGGGCCAGGUUCCAACCAUGCUAGCCCCUCCACCCCACACAUGCCCUAUAGGGACAUUGCACAAGAUCCUGGAAAACCACCUGGAUCAGCAAAGUUUUUAGAGACUAGCUACACUGGUUUCUCACCAGGUUCUAAGACUGUGGUACCAACUGCCCUCCCUCUGGAUGCCAGGCACCUGCUUUACCAAAUGGGUCAGUCCCAUGCCCUUGCAGCACAUGGCUACCUCUCCCCUUAUGAGGGCCUCUCUCCUAGACUGAUGGCUGAGGAGCAGAGGAAGAGAUUGGCUGAAACUAACUGGUAUUUGAAUUCUCCACCACUCCCAAUUCCACAUUCGGCAGGUUCAGAUGGUGUAGUGGAUCUCUCUACUAAGGCAUCUAAGCCUGAGUCAUCAGUGUCUAAAGCAGCAACAAUCAUUUCAACUACAACAACAACAGGGACAUCAAAUACACCUAAGUCAACUGCAAGAGCAACACCAAUUGUCAAAAAGCAGGAGGAGAAACGACCUAUCAAAAGAGAAUCAAGGAGUAGUGAUGGGAAGAAACCAGAAGAUGUUCUCACAACUUCAGGCAGUGGAAGUAUUCCAGUUGGAAUAGCAGUUGCCAGGCAAAGACAGCAAACAAAGACAGAGAAGGAUAACGGUCGAGUAGAUUGGGAGCAUUCCCGGUCUGGUGUCAGUUCUAGACGAGGAUCACGUGACCAGUCACAUGACCAUGGCUCCCACAGAGAUCGGACAGAACAUCAUAGAGACCAGAAGGAAUUACUGACCCCCACUAGCAGGAGUAGCAGUAGCAGCCUUACUGCAGACCUCAGUUCUAACCUCAUUGUCACUGGUGGUAGCACUACAUCAGCCCCACAAUGGCCACCAGGGAGCUCUGACAGUGCUGAUAUACGCCCUAGUUUGAUUCCAUCAUUUUAUACUGGGGCGGGUGCUCAGUCUCUCCUCCAACCAGCAUUGCUGCCCCAGUAUGGCAGUCCUAGUACAGCACAAGGUGUUGAUCCCACAACAAGGCUACCAUUUACGCCACCUGGUGGAUUUAAACUUGCCCAGGAUCCAAUGACAGGGCAGAUAUUCUUCAUUCCUACAAAUAAAGGGCUGAAACCACCAACUAAAUUACCUGAAACGCCAUCUGUCAAAUGCGAAUCUGGUCUUCAAAGUCGUGGCACUUCUCCUAUAUCAGUUGCAACCACUUCUGCAACUAGCAAAAUGACUGUGGCAGGAAAAAUAUCUCCAAUCAAAGAAAAAGUAGAAACUGAAUUAGAUGUGGGCUCUAAGACUGAGGAGGAUAAUGUUGUUAAUGCAGUAGUGGGCUCUACAAAAUCUGAAGUUAUUCAGGAUGUUAAGCCUAAAGUUGAUGUGCAAUCUCACGUUGAGGAAACCCCUGCUUCAGUCAGUGACACUGUAGAGGAACAGAUUAAUGGUGGCAAUGAAAAUGUAGAAAAGUUGAAUGGAAUUGAAACUGCUGAGAGAGAUGACAGUGCGAGUCUUGAUAACAAAGUUAAUCAAAAUGAUGUAGAAACCACAAAGGAUAUAUGA